AUGGCUGCCGAGUCGCACAAUCGGGCUGGAUCAACCGGUCACAGUGCUGCGAACCCAGGAGCAACCUCGAAUGGCGCUGCUCCUCCGUCAACCCUGGCUGCGCAGCUUGCCGGUAAUAUAUCGACCUCGGCCAAGUCCUCGAGACCCGACGAGGCCAGCGAGCUCAAGCGCCUGUUCGAGGAGAUCGAGAGGGUCAAGAACAAGCCAGACUCGUUGAAGACACCGGCCGAGCAUGUGGAGCACAAUCACAUGCUGAUCUAUGUCUACGCGCGGGUCAUUCUCGACGCUCUCAAGUGGGACGAUCCGUUCGCAGACCGCGAGCAGCUGAAGACCCAUGCAUUGACUGCUUUUCACUUUCUCAAGGUAACAAUCACCGAAACUCCAAUCGUUCUCACAUUUACCACCGAUGGCACCGCCCUUCUCCAUCGAGGCCCAGAGCCACUGUGGGUCUGGUUGUUUCCCAAGCUGCUCAGGAUGCUCGGACACCCGCGAUGUCCAGCCUUGUCUUCUCCAUUGGAGUCGCUCUUCCACUUCGUUCUCGUGACAGCAAGCACAUCUGGUGGCUUGUGGAAUGCCGGCGACCCACUGUAUGGCUACCUGCAGGCAAACUUCCGAUCAAUCCUGGCGCAUAUCAAGUUGGCCUCCCCAGCCACCAAGGGCUCUAUAGACAUUGAGCUACCCGGUCACAAUACCCUGGACUCGUUACUGCCCGGAGGAGCCCUUACUGGCGCCGUCCGCUCGGAUGUCGCUGUGAACCAGGCAGGAUUCUCAAAUCAAGAGCAGGUUGAUUCGUCGGCCAACAAGGUACUGGCUUUGGCUCUUGUCCAAAUUGCUGACGCUGCCACCAAGCAACGGCCUGUAUCCAAACUUGCUGCCGCUCAACUACUCAAGCCACUGGAACAGAUGCUCGCCGAAGGCAUCGCCGACGACGUUUCCGGGGAUUUACAGCGAUCCGUGACGCUGUUGCGUGAGGCAGUAGUUAUCCCCGUGACCCAGCCAUUCAGCUCCGGGCUCUCCCCAGAGUUGUUCGUGGAUAGAGACAUACGACUAAAGGUCCGAUCCAUUGAGUCGAGGGCGCACGCACCAAUAGACCAGAAACGCCUUGUCAAAAGGAGAAAGAUCACCCAGGAGUCCUCAUUAAUGCCGCACCUUCUCAAUCAACUCUGUCGGGUACUCUAUCUGCCGCAGGUAAUGAGCUUGAGCCAGCUUGAAAGCCGCAUUUUGGACUCUUUCCCAGCUGCUAACGAAGCUGAUGUUGGCGUGCAAAUUUUAAAUCGCAACACGGCCAACGUUUUGGGGUUUCUGCGGUCCAUCUCCGAUAAGAAUGAGCCAAGCAUCAACGAGACUUCUCUAAUGGCUUGGGGUCAACUGGGCAGAGUGGUCUCGGAUGAUGGCCUCAACCUCGUCCUGGUCAAGAUGCUGGAAUUUCUUGGCCACCAGAAUCCUAUUGUCUCUGCAGUCGCCCUGAACGAGAUCACAAAUCUUGCCGCUUCUCGGAGAACGACACCACGACGCCUCCUGGAGCCUUUCUGGAGAAAUCUUGCUUAUUCAACUGUCAAAGACAUGCUCACACGGCCUCAGACUACGCAAAUGGUAGCAGAUCUCUUGAGAACCAGCGUGGCAGAGCUCCUUCUGCUCAUUCAGUCUCAUGCUUUGCCAUGGCUUGUGCUACACGGGAAGAAAGACAUAAUACAGAAGUUCUCCGAGGCCAGAAGAGAUGAGCACUUACAAGACAUGUUUUUGGAUGAGUCGAAUCUGAGCGCCAUCUUGGCACGUCUUUUCGUGCAGGACGAGGCCAAUAUCGAACGAUUUUCGAUUUCGGCGCUGGUUGAUGUCUGUCCGACAUUCAGCGGCACGGCCCUCACAGAGGUUUUGAGAACCAGUCCUGUCCUGACGAUCUUGGAGCUCCUCAGGAUGAGUGUGGAGGGAGACGAAUCGACCAAGGCCGCUGCCCGCUCUGCCCUGACCAUGGUGGCAAAUUUGCUGGUGGCAGCUCCCCGAGAUGCGAAGAGGAAGGGCGGGCAUCACAUCGUCGGUCGCUUUCUCCGGGAGCAUGCUCUCGGCUUGUCGGCGCGUAUGGUCGAAGUCAUCAACAAUACCUCGCCCGUUCCUCCACCUAUGCGCGAACGCAAACUCUGCAUCAAGGCCAUGGAAGAAAUGAUAAUAUCUGUCUGUCUUCUGUCCGCUCUGUCAUUGGAUGAGUUGAGAACAACCGCUUUUGCGUGUUGGUACUCCAUGGUGGCUCAUGUGGGAGAGGAGGAUGUCGAAGAGCUGAUUGAGACCACGUUCUUCAUCAUCGGGCAGUAUUGGCCCUGCUUUGCAGAGGAGAGCCGAGAAAAGAGCAAGGCUCUGCUGCGUUUCCUGCUUAGCAAUCACGAGGCAGUGCUGAGCAACACAAUUGGCAAACUUCCGUCACUGAGCCAUAUCAGUGAGCUUUCGGAACUCUGGAAAACACUCGAUGCACGCCGGUCGCCACUCGAUACGCGCGCUGCCUUCGCCUUGUUCAUCGAAAGAGUGCGCCAUGAAAAUGCUGGUGUUGUUGAGAAGGGCCUGCUUGAGCUCUCAGAAUACCUGCGCCAAAAUCAAGGUUAUCUGCAGGCAUCAGCCAUCAGUGAGCAGCCUGACAGCGUUGUGAAGAACCUGGCUCGAGCACUGUUGGACUGCACCUCAAAGUACAACGGGAGAAAUCCUGACAUUGCUCGAAUCUGUGCAGAGUGCAUUGGGUUGAUGGGCUGCCUGGACUCGAACAGGCUCGAAACUGUUCGGGAGCAGCGUGAGUUCAUUGCACUUUCGAACUUCACAGAUGCCGAUGAAACCACGGAUUUUGCUGCAUUCGUUCUGCAGGAGGUGCUCGUCAAGUCCUUUGUGUCGACUACGGAUUCUAGCUUACAGGGCUUUUUGUCCUAUGUCAUGCAGGAGCUCUUGGAGAGGUGCGACUACAAGACAGCCGUUGGCCUGCAAGGCGCAGAGGGUGAGCGCAUCUAUAGGAAAUGGCUGAGCAUGCCAGAAAGCGUGCGCGAUGUCCUGCUCCCCUUUCUGACAUCCAGGUACAAGCUUGCGCCCAUGCCGAGCAUCAGAACCGAGUAUCCGAUCUUCCGUGCUGGGCGCUCAUAUGCCAAUUGGCUCCGGCAAUUUACGCUGGACUUGCUACACAAGGGGCAGAACCCAUUCGCAGAUAUCAUAUUUGACCCGCUUUGUCGGGCUAUUCGAGUCAAGGACUUAUCGGUCGCCAUUUUCAUGCUCCCAUAUUUGGUUGUCCACAUCACUCUCGGUAGCAAGAGCACACAACAGGAAAAGAAUGCAGUGUGGAACGAGCUGCUGAACAUCUUGAAACAAGACGUUCCUGAAAAUGCUUCCUAUUUGGAGAGGGAGGACAGGAAGCUCUUUUGUGAGGCGGUGUUCCGAGUCAUCGACUACGCGAUGAGGUUCUUGCAGGUGAAGAGAACGUUUCGGCUCAGUAAAACUGACGAGAAUAAUCUCGUACUGAUCCAGAAACGAUUGGACUCUAUACCGCCAGAGCUCGUGUCGCAGCGCGCCAUUGACUGUAAACAAUACGCCCGUGCUUUGUUCCACCUGGAGCCCCAUAUUUUGCGCCAACAAGAGGAACACGGCAACGACGCGGAGAAUAUUCAACAAGCGUUGGACUCCCUGCAGAACGUCUAUGCCCAUAUUGAUGAGCCGGAUGGCCUUGAAGGAGUAUCCGCCAACCUCAAGGUCAUUGACCUCAAGCAGCAAAUUCUCAGCCACAGGAAGGCGGGGAGGUGGUCGCGGGCGCAGACUUGGUGCGAAGUUCAGCUCGCGGAGGACCCCCACAACGUGGACGUGCAAAUUGAUCUGCUGACGUGUCUCAAGGAGUCGGGCCAAUAUGAUGUAUUGUUGAACCAUGUUGGAGGGUUAGACACCGACGGACCUUGGAUCAACAAGAUCGCGCCCUUUGCAGUAGAAGCCGCUUGGGCCACCGGGAGAUGGGAAACCCUCAAGAAGUACUUGGGUUCGUACAAGGCUGGCAACCAUCUGGAUGAAUUCAACCUUGGGGUAGGAUCGGCGCUCCUGGCACUCAAGGAUGGCCAGAUAGAGAGCUUCAUCAAUCAGCUCCAGGAGCUGAAAGAGAAGACUGCUUCUUCAAUGUCCAUGUCGGCUACAGCGUCACUUCAGGCGGCCCAUGACGCCAUGCUAAGAUGUCACGUCCUUGCAGACCUCGAAAUCGUUGCAGGAGAUCACAGGAAGGAAGCCAGCGACCAGCAAGGGGUCAUGACGUCGCUAGAUCGUCGACUGGAGAUUCUGGGUGCGUAUGUGAGCGACAAGCAGUACGUGCUGGGAAUACGACGAGCGGCAAUGGAGCUGAUGAGGCCGAAAUUUUCGGACGGAGAUAUUUCGUCUCUGUGGUUGUCAAGUGCAAGAUUAGCCCGAAAGGCAGACUCGCUCCAUCAGUCUUUCAACGCAGUAUUACACGCCUCGCAACUUGGAGAUGGUUCUGCAACCAUUGAAAAUGCCAGACUGUUGUGGAAAGAGGGUCACCACAGGAAGGCCAUUCAAAUCCUCGAAAACGCCAUCCAGACCAACUCCUUCAUCGGAUACAACCUGGGACCAGCUGCUCCUACGUCAAGUAAAGGCCCUGAAGUGCAGAGGAAUUUGUUGACAGCGCGAGCGCAUCUCCUCUUGGCGAAAUGGCAAGACUCGGCGGGGCAGACGCACGCGAGUGCUUUGCGGGCGCAGUACCAGCAGGCGGCAAAGACGCACGCGAUGUGGGAGAAGGGCCAUUACUACCUCGGCCGUCAUUACAAGAAAGUUCUUGAGUCUGAGAAGGCGUUGAGUCCAGAUGAACAGAGCGACGAGUAUCUCACUGGAGAAACAGCCAAACUUGUCAUCGAGAACUACCUCCGGUCACUGAACUACGGCACAAAGUAUCUAUACCAGACACUGCCGCGUAUUCUAUCACUGUGGAUGGAUUUGGGCGCUCAGGUCGACAAGGCCCCCGAGGGGAAAAUAUCACUGUCUAAGGAACUGUCCCAGCGGAGGAAGACCCUGUUGCACGAGCUCAACAAGUACUUCUACAAACACAUGCAGCGCAUGCCUGCUUACAUAUUCUACACGGCAAUGCCGCAAAUUGUGGCCCGCAUUGCUCAUCCGAACCCAGACAUCUUUACUUAUCUACAACACAUCAUCAUCAAGGUUGUGGAGGCACAUCCGCGACAGGCCCUGUGGGGCCUCUUCGCCAUCAUGACCAGCAAGCAGUCGUCUGACCGAUCAAAACGCGGUAGUCAGCUGCUGACCCAACUCCGCAACAUCAGUGGAAAGAGAGUGGACGGCUCCGCAUACGAUCUGAGGCAGCUCCUGAGAAUGGGCGAGAAACUGGCGGAACAACUGCUUCUGGCUUGCAAUAACGGUGACUUCCAGAGCAACAGAAGCACACAUGCCAGCAUCACUCGGGACCUCAACUUCAACCACAGCGUUUUCGAGAGACGUGGUCGCAACUCAUUCCUAGACGAUGUCCUUGUUCUGGGCUCCCUCGCGAAACCCCGCCGACUGACGGCGCGCGGCACGGAUGGGAAGUUGUACAACCUGCUGAUCAAGCCAAAGGAUGAUCUGCGGACGGAUCAGCGCUUGAUGGAAUUCAACAGCAUGAUCAAUCGGUCUUUGAAACGAGAUGCAGAAAGCAGCCGCAGGCAACUCUACAUUCGCACGUAUGCAGUCACCCCGCUGAACGAGGAAUGCGGCAUCCUCGAGUGGGUUGAUGGACUCAAGACACUGCGCGAUAUCCUGCUGGGCCUGUACAAGCCCCGCGGUAUUAUACCCAACUACGCCCAGAUUGCUCAGAUGAUGAAAGAAGCCUCCACGUCGGACAAAAACAUCACGCUCUUCACUGAACAGGUACUUGGCAUGUUCCCACCAGUGCUGCCAAGCUGGUUCAUCUCGCAGUUCCCCAACCCGUCAGCCUGGUUUGCGGCACGGCUGAAGUACACGCGGUCAUGCGCGGUCAUGUCGAUGGUGGGAACAAUCCUGGGGCUGGGCGACAGGCACGGGGAGAACGUGCUUCUGGAGGAGGGCAACGGCGGGGUGUUCCACGUGGACUUCAACUGCCUGUUCGACAAGGGCCUGACGUUUGCGCAGCCCGGAGCGGGUGCCGUUCCGGCUGACGCACAACAUGGUGGCGGCGAUGGGCAUCUACGGCAGGAGGAGACGUUGAUGACGAUCCUGGAGGCUUUCAUCUACGACCCGACGCUGGACCUGCAGCGGGACAAGAAGCGGAAGAGCGACGUGGUGAAGCUGAACCCGACGAGCGUGGUGGAGAGCAUCAAGAGGAAGGUCCGGGGCUUCAUCGGCGACGAGAGCAUCCCGCUGGGCGUGGAGGGUCAGGUAGAGGAGCUGGUGAGGCAGGCGACGGAGCCGAGGAACCUGUCGGCCAUGUAUAUCGGGUGGUGUGCCUUCCUGUAG